CCGUAAUCUUCAGUGCUACGUUUCCGUUUUCAAGCUAAAUAUCUGUGAAAAAUUACUUAUUUACGCUUGUGUAUCUGCUGACAAAUCUUUUAAGCUUAAAUGUACGAUCUAACUCGACCACGUUUCACAAGACAACUGGUGUAAGGAAAAGCUGCCAUUGACAUAUCCUAGCUAAGACCAGCGACAGAUUUCGUCAGUUUGCGGAUUUCUACCCAGAUAUAAGGACGCUGGUUGUUCAGAUCACGCCAAUACGUAGGACGGACGCAACCGAGGAGUCAUCUCUGGUGUCCCACAACCUUUAUGUAAGCUGUUUGAGCAUCUAAAAUAGAAAAGCCUUGUCAAACGCAAGUAAGUUGAGAGAUCUAAACCAUCCCAGCACCAAGGAAUGAGCUUCUAACAAAGAUAACUUCCUUCCUGAUAAAACAUUAAGGUUCCGCCAUCUGGCGCCAGACCGCACGAUAUCUGGUCGUACUUCUGGCUACAGCGUGCCAACUCUAAUACAAACAAGCUGCACAACACCCUUAAAACACAAACGCCUUACACAACGAGGGAUAAAGAUACACCGCUAAUUUACGGCCAAGGUGAGAGGUUGAAAAUGAGGAAAAGGGAGGUUUGGAGAGUUAUUUUCGCCGCAUGGACAUUCGCAAUGCAAAUUGCAAUGGAUGAAGCAGGGAGCAAUGGCUUGAUUUACAAAGGACAACCAACAUCGUCACCUUCAUCAGCGUCUCCAAGAUUUGUGGACUCCAUCAGGAUGCAACAGACUUUUAUUGCAUGGCCCGCACGCCACAGCGUCCGACUUAAAUGCAAAGCCAGUGGCUCAAGUCCGUUAAGAUUCCAGUGGCUAAAGGAUGGUGAUCCAUCCAUUCAUCGAAGAUUACAACCGAGACUCAAAACAAAUAUGUGGUACCUGAAGCUUAAAGACUUGGUGCCAUUAGACUCUGGGAAAUAUACUUGUAUAGUUUCCAACACAUAUGGCUCCAUCAAUCAUACCUAUACCCUACGAGUUGUAGAAAAAUCUCGCACCAAGCCUAUUCUGAAGUGUGGCUUUCCUAGAAACACCAGCGCAGAGCUUGGACAGAACGCUUCAAUGACUUGCAUCGUUCUUAUCAGUGGAACACUACCAGAUUUUAGAUGGCUUAGGUGGAACACUAUUCCAAGCACUUUCCCCGACUCGCUUGAUUUUGAGAACGGAUCGUACACCCUUGUCAACCCUCGGCAAUAUCAGACGGUUCACGUUGGAGGAAAGUAUGGCGUGAAAGUGAAUAUUUGGAACGUCCAACCCAACGAUUUGGGCCUGUAUACGUGUUACGUUAGCAAUCACCUUGGUUCUGACUACAUGAGUGCGUUUUUAACCGAGGAAAAGGACAGGAGAAAAGAAUCUGAAGUUACGACAGAGAAGCCUGAGGAAAAGGACUUCGCAAAUCACGAGAGUACAGGAUCUCCGCCAUUAAGGGGAACCAACGCAACAGAGGAGAUCCCCCCAGCGAAACAGGCGGUAACACGAUCCCGGGAGGCAAAGAUACCUUUGAGUGUGUUCAUAGGCGUCCUUAGCACCUGGGCGGUCAUCACAACUAUCGCACUCCUCUGGUGUCACUUGUACCACAAGAAAAUAAGAGCAGCAAAAACAGGGGUAGAGUUCUAAUGAACGAGGAAGGAAUUUUCCGCUCUGAUGUUACCAUGAGAACCAUGAGAACUGAAGCUGGAUUCGAGCUAUGGGUCAUUAUUUGCACUCGCACCUCUGACUUGUUGGUUUACGUUCAUGUUGUCCAGUAUUAGACAUUGCCGUUGUUGUUGUUGGUGUUGUUGUUUUAGUUGUUUUUUUGCUGUUUUUAAACCAAUAUUAUCACUUCACAUUUAAUCUUAUGUCCUAUGGAUGGCUUCUUAGAUGCACAUCGAGGUUUUGAUGAAAAUGAGGAUUGAUAGCUGGGACAAGUAUGCAUAAAUAGGAGCGGCCGUUUUCUAAGUUCAUUAGUCACACAAGAAAAACGGGAAAACCGCUUGUUCAUUUUUUUUUUCUUUAAAAUCAGCGCUAAGCCGGGCAAGGUGCUAAACAGAGAACUUCAGUGUUCUGACAAUCACUCCGCCCUAAUGACAAAACAGGGAAAACUUUGAGAUCUAAUCGUGUAGUAUUUUUAACUUUUUCAUUUUGUCUCGCGGAAGUACGAACAUUUUACAGUUCAUCUAAUGAAAACUUUUUAAAUAUGGUACAAUUAACCAGGGUUGAUAGUUUUCUUUUUGUAGUUAAUGUGGUGAUUAUUUCUUUUUCAAUUUUUUCAUU